AUGGCGCGAUCCCGAAUUGAACUGCGAAGUUUGGUGGCUGCAAUAUUCGUGCAACUCUAUGCUGGCCAUUGCAACGCAGUGCCUUCAACUGAGACAGAGCUCAACGUGUGCGAAUACGCUCGGAAAGACCUGUACGUCUUUAAUGCGAACACGACGUCAACAGUCUUCCCGACAGGGUACAUAUCCUGUGAGAACUCUUCGGACGUUCACGCAGACCUCUGCAGGAUCUGCACCUGUCGUGAAAAGAAGGUGGGCACAGUGGCAGGCUUGACAGUCGCUGGCGUCGUGUGCGUCGGAUCUGUGGAUGUUACAACGUGUCCAAGGGAAGGCCAACAGUUCUGCGGCCGCAAUGAUAGUAUUGAAGGUGCUACGAAUGGCACUUCGAUAGUGCAGGAUACCUUCAGCUUCGGUGAAAAUGCAAGUGGUGACAGCUCGUCUUCGUGGGAAGGCUCCAGUUCCAACGAAGACACAAGCGGUGACAGCUCGUUCUUGCGGGGAGGCUCUAGUUCCAACGAAGAUACAAACGCUGGCGAUGUGACCCUGGCCAACUCUAGUGCUGAUCUUGACGACGGCAACAAUACGAAUGCCGGAAGCGACUCAGUAUCGAGUGGUACCUCGACAUCGAGCUUCACACUCGAGCCUACGAUCGAUCACUCUUCCGGCAUUGACGCCAGUCCAAGUAUGGACAGCAACGUCAGCAUCGAAACCACAAGCACUGACACUGAUACCAACUUGGACACCGCUUUCAACAGCAGCAGUAUUCCAGUCACUGUUCCCGAGUCCGUCAACCCCAGUGUCGACGCCAACGCUAGCAACACCCAUAUCAACAGUGACACUAGCACCCUCGGCAAUGCUUCGGAACCUAGCGUGCCCAUUGACAUCUUUGGCUUCGACACCGGUUCAAGCAGCACUGAUGGCGCUUCACAAUCUGCCGCUUCCGACAGCGACCGGAGCAUUGACACCAGCUCAAGCUCGGGCACCAACAUCGACGCCUCUGGAACCAACAUCGACGCCUCCGACAACCCCAGCAUUCGUUUCGACUCAUUGGUGAAAGAGUCUGGUGCCGACGACGAAAACGUGGACGGCAAUGUUGUCGGGAAAGUCAAGCCCUCUCCAACUAGCGCUGCUGCACCUCCCGUCAAUCAGGACAUCAUCCGUCCGCGAGAAAAUGGAUCGGCGCUUGGCACCAACAAUGGUUCUUCCGGCACCUCAACCUGGUCGGGCGAGCGGCUGACUGUGUUGCUCUCGACGACAUGUGGCAUUGCCGUUGUGGCUGCUAUUGCUGCAUUCGUUGCCGUGCGCAGAAAUCGCCUCAAGAUGAAGAACGAACUCACGACUCCGACGGACGACUACGAUGACGAGAGCUUUGGUACAGCGACGCCAGUGCUCCCCGGCCAACGUGGUGCGAGAAACGUGGGCGGAGGAAACCGCCUCGUUGACGCCUUUGAGAAUUCGCCAAUGGCUUCGAUCGUCGUACUGGGUCCUGACGACGACUUUGUUCCGCCACCACGUCGUGCCCCGAAACGGCACUACCGAUCGUACCCGAGAAAUCGACCGAUGGACAGCUACGCACGCAGUGGCAGCACGAAAGCCACCAAGGACCUGUUCACGCGAGACGAACGUCCAAGUACUGUCUCCAUCAAUGCCUCCAGUGGUUCGCAGGAUCAUCUUCUCGUAUCGCACGGUCCACCGGCAUCCGGUUUGCCCGUGCGUGCCCCCUACGAGAUCUUCGACACGUCCAACACGCGAGAGAGGUUUUCAUCCGGCAUGAGCUCGCAAUUCGGCAGUCUAUCGAGCGGACAGGCGUAUGAGUCAGAAAUGAGCUUCAACUCGUUUCGAGUGGCGUCGGAGACGUCCAGUGGAGCGGAGUUCGACUCGGUCACGUCCACGAACUGCAGCGAUCUCCACACGUCAUCGGAUCUCGAGUCAGUGGAACGCCUCGGCACCUCGUGCGUCUCUAGCGCAGAGAGCACUCAGUACGCCAUGCGUGACACGGAAGCUAUAGAUGAGACAAACGAGUCGGAGAUACGGACCGACUUGAGUCGCGUUGCCAUAUCAUUCGACUUGAGCGCUACGACAUCCACAUCUCUCUAG